AUGACAUCUCUCAACGAUCUCUGUCUCGACACAUGGACAAUCAUUCUUUCUUUCCUUCCUUCGGACGAUUCCAUUCUCUCUCUUUUACAACUCAAUCGAACUCUCUCGCAACAUUUCUUCUCCAUUUUGACAGGUCGAAGAAGGAUCAUUCCAAAACACACCAAACUCUAUGCAUUGGGAGCUGCGAUGGAUAUUCGAUCUCGGAAUCUCGUUCAUUCCUUCAUGCAUGAAGUUUUUCCAUUAAUUGCUUCGUCUUUAAUGUCAGAUGGAAGACAAUAUUCACAUGAAGAAAUUAUUCAAUUAAUUACAAGGAAUCCAUGCAUUGCAGUGUUUGAAAAGUUGACGAAUGAAACCGAGAGAUUUAUUGGAACGAGUGGAUACGCAUGCUAUGAAUUGAUGAUGAUCAAUGAAAGAGUUACUGUUGGAGAGAGAGGAUCUGAUGAUACAACAAAUCAUUGUAUAUUAAAACCUCCAUUCCUUUUUGGAAGUAAUGACUAUUCACAUGCGUUGUAUUAUGUGGAGUGUAAAACGAAUUUAAUAUUGAGUGAAGAACAAGCAAGAAAAUUGAGGAAUGGAUGUUUUUUCAUGUGGAAUGUAAAAAAGGACAUGAAAGUGUUUUCACAACAACAAGCAUUAAAUGCUACGGAGAGUGUUGGUGGUGUUGGUGAUGGUGAUCAGAAUGCAACUUGUCUCAAUACUACUACUAUUAAUACCACUAUUAAUACCAUCACCAUCAUGAAUAAUACCAACAAUACCGAAAAGAAUUACUACUUUGAUGAAUUAUUUGAGCUUUUGGCAUAUUCAGAGCCAAGGCAUCCAACAAAAAUUGUUUCUGUGAAAGGACGCACGUGCUUGCUCAUGUAA